CCCGCAGCCGCCAGCGACUUCGAGCGGCGGCGGGGCGGCUCGGCUCCCCUGACCCCCUCGGCCUCUCCCCUGCGCGGCAGCAUGGACGACGGCCAGGGCCAGGCUCCACCCGCGGACGCCGUCGAGGCCGAGCCCAUUACCGUCGCCGAGGCCGACGACCAGCUGCCGCCGCCAGCAGCACCGCCUCUCGAGGCGGAGGGUGUCGUCGCGCAGGAAGACCCGCUGGCGGAGGAGGAGGAUGUGGCCCCCGUCGGCGCCGCGUCCGCGGAAGAGGCCCCCGAGGCUGCCGCGGGUGGUGUCGUGCUCACCGACGAACUCUGCGGCCGGAUCGUCAAGCAGGUGGAGUACUACUUCAGCGAUGAGAAUCUUCCUACAGAUGAGUUCCUGAUGAAAUUCGUGAAGAAGAACAAGCAGGGCUUUGUACCUCUUGGUGUUAUUGCAUCAUUUAGAAGAAUGAAGAAACUUAGUCAGGACCUCUCUUUAAUUGAAGCUGCACUUAGGACAUCAUCUAAACUGGUUGUGAGUACAGAUGGGAAAAGAGUCAGGAGGAUGCAUCCAUUGCAACAAAAUGAAUUGAAAGAUGUUAAAAAAAGGACAGUUGUGGUGGAAAAUCUACCUUCAGACUUCUCCGAGGAGAGCAUACAUGCAACGUUUGAAACAGUUGGGAAAAUUGUGAAGAUAACUAUUCAUGAUCAACAUUCAGUGGGAGAAUCUGCAACAAUUAAGAACCAUGACAUCAUGCUAAGUAACAAGGUGCAUGCUCUUGUCGAAUAUGAAACAACAGAGGCAGCUGAGAAGGCUGCUACCACUUUAAACGAUGAGAGCAAUUGGAGGGCUGGAAUGAAAGUCAGGCUGGCUAAGCGAAGUGUAACAGGAUCAGGAAAGCAUAACCAGUCUUCAAAAGAAAAUCAGACCAUCCAGGGCCAGCCUUCAAAAGUAGAACAUCAGAUGGUAUCAGGAAAGAAAGGUGGUACUGAUUCAAUUGAGGGUGUUUUAGACAAUGAGAAUAUGAGCUCUGAUAUUACCCAUGAGGACAUGCACCAACACCAGAAGGUAAAUGCUAAAGGAGGGCGUAAAGGUCGAUACAAAGGUCAAGGAAGAGGUCAGAUUCAGCAAAAUACAAGUGGGCAAGGCCAUGGCUCACUCCCUGCUCAUGAUGGUUUUGAUCAUGUGAACAAGCCUAUUCCUGGACCGAGAAUGCCAGAUGGGACAAGGGGCUUUACUGCGGGGCGUGGUAAAUCGCCUACAUUCCAGAAAGGGGAUAAUGCUGAAGAAUAGUGCCUUUGUCCCAAAUGGCCCGGUAAAAAUCUAACUGCAUGAAAAACAUAGAGAUGUUGUUUUGCUUAAGCUGCUUACUUAGUGACAACCGGCCAAGUCACGUAUACAGAAAAGCCUCCAGUUUUUGUAUGUAGUGUCUUUUCUGAAUGGGUUGAUGGGAUCCGUGGGUAUUAUAAAUUUGCUGGUUUAGAAAAAUGCAAUUACAGUGCCAUUAAACUUAGGCCGAAAUUGCUUCUGUGCCACUUUCUACGCCCUAA